AUGGCUGAAAAGACCAAGGAAGAGAAAGCUCCAAGUUCUUUAGAGAACCUGACGUGUCCACUAUGUCUUGAUAUCUUCGACGAGGCAACCAUCCUGACUUCAUGCGGACACACCUUCUGUCGGAAAUGUCUCAAGAACUAUGACCUUUCCCACCAGGAUCUCGAUCACAUGAUCUGUCCUCUCUGCAGGAAGAUCACUAAGUUGUCUGUGAACCGUGUCGAUGAUUUCCUCACCAAUGUGACUGUGAACGGACUUGUAGUAGUAGGAGACCAGCCUGUAGGCUGGUCUCCUACUAUAGACAAUUACCACGCCAAGUGUGGAGGGAUGAACGCUGUCCUUGAGAUGCGUCCAAAAUGCACUGCUUGCAAGUUUCAGCAAGAUGCCGUCUCGUUCUGCUGUACAUGUAAUAACUACAUUUGUGAUAAGUGUCUCGAUUGUCAUCAACAUCUUAUAGUCUAUGAAGAUCACGAGAUUGUAUCCAUACAGGAUAUCAACAACGGGAAGGUCAGUAUUGGUCAUCUAUCCGAGAAGUGCUGCAUCCACAAACAAGAGAACAAAGAUAUGUUUUGUGAGGAUUGUAAGGUCCAUGUCUGUCUCAAGUGCGUGAUCGUCGGUCAUCAAAAUCACAAGAUCAAGAAUCAGGCUGACUUCGAGCAGCAGUUACGGCUUAAGGUGAACGACCUUGUCCAGCGAUGUGCCACUAAGAAGACAGAACUGGAGAAGAACAUUCAGAACGUUGAAGUACAACGCCAUGAAGUAUACACUGCCGUGCAGAAACUACUGGACGAUGUCAGUAAAGCCUACAGCAUCAAGGCCAAAGAGCUUGAAGAAAAUCAUCGAAAUCUCAUAGAGCAAAUCAAUGCAUUAAAGCGGAGUUUCGAUGACGACCUCAACGUCUUGAAAUUCAACAAUCGACAGAGGAUCAAGAGUAUUUGUAGUUCAAUAACACUGGUAGCUAAUGACAGACUUGGUCGUCUUGAGACAGACAAUCUGUCAGCUCAUACCUUGCUCUGUGAGGAGCUGGAUGCCAUGCUAAAGAAGGCUACUGAUCACACUUCUGCGGCAACCAUUAAGAAGAAAGCACAGGAGAAGAGGUUCAAGCCCGCAGAUGAUACUCGUCUUGACCUCGGGAGCAUCUCAGAAUCAGAUCCCAAAUUGCAAGUCAUUCAGUGUGUAGAUCUACGGGGAUGGAUGUGGGGAAUGACCCAGUACUCUGAUGAUAGUGUGGCUAUCGGAUAUUUGGUUGAACAUGGUAUAGAUAUCAUUGAUACAGCUGGUAAAAAGCACCAGUAUGCAAACAUACCAAGUAACAUGGAGUGUAAUGCUCUUGUGUUUCAACAAGACGGGUCGUUAUGCGUAUCGGGGGACAGUACAUUAAAAGCACACAUAUAUUCUCCAAAUGGAUCCAGGAAAUCAACCAUCCACGUGAAUAGCAAUGACAACGAUCUCCAACUAAACAGAAGUCCAUCAGAUGAAAUCCUCAUCGUUAACGAUGCGGAGAAAGUCUAUAUCUACGACCCGACUGGAUCCACUCUCAAACACACUGUUCCAACAAAACAGAACGAUACGAUGCAGGUAUCUGCCACCAGGUCGGGUUUGAUCGUCACGAGUUCAUGUUACAUCAAUCCAAGCGUGGUGACGGUCUAUGACAGGGAUGGGAAUGCUGGUAAGUCUCUACAAGCUCCAGUUGAUGUCAACCUGUAUGCUGUCGUGGAUGAGCAGGACAGGGUGUAUGUAGCGAGUGUUGAUAGUAAGAAGGGUAACGUGGUGAUCAGAUUGUAUGACCUUGAUGUUUUGAACCUGAAGGAGAGAGUUGAGUUCAAUGUACUUAAUCUGACGCUUGACGAUAGUUGGUGUUACUUGGCUUCCCUCUCUCCAGACAUGCUCGCGUUUGCUUGUAGCGAGAAGUUGUAUUUUAUCAAAGUAUCACUGUAAUACAUGUCACACUCUAUAUUACCAUUAUUGUUGAUGUGUAUACCUCUCUGCUCCAGCUCUUCACUAAUUAAUAUGGGCCUAUAAUGUGUCAUAU